AUGGUGAAAGAGACAGAGGCUGCACAACCAAUUCAAUCAUUUAGUGAGGGUUUUGACCAUGACCAGCAUCUACUGCGACACGGGACCGUUACAAGCACCUACUGCGAUAAAGAGUCAAAUUUAUUAAAACAAAUCCAAGAAAUGGAACAACAAAUUGACAAGCUGACAUCAGAAAUAGCUAUUCUUAAGACUAGGAAACAACCUUUCACCAUAAGCCAGAUCAUCAAUGAUGAAAAGAAGAUGCUGAUGUACACCUCCUUGAAAGCAGACAUGUUUAGAGUAGUGGACUCAACUAUUCAGAGAUUUCCAUUAACAUAUGUCAACAACUGGACACCAGCAGUGAUUUCAAGAACUGACCAGUUAUUAAUGACACUGAUGAAAUUGAAGCUAAACUCUCCCAAUUAG